UAUAAUUACCCUCUAGGGUUUAGUUUUGCGGCCUCCGUGCCCUUUAAAACCACCCUUCUUCGGCAAUAACAAACUCUAUCUCCACCACCGCGUUCUCGUUCUACACUCUACGCGAUCGCUCCGAUUCACAGAGAGAGAUAGAGAAGAGAGAGCGCUAGCCAUGUCUCUGGUAGCGAAUGAGGAAUUCCAGCACAUUUUGCGUGUGCUGAACACAAACGUGGAUGGGAAGCAGAAGAUAAUGUUCGCGCUUACCUCCAUCAAAGGUAUCGGUCGCCGUCUCGCCAACAUUGUCUGCAAGAAAGCUGAUGUAGACAUGAACAAGCGAGCUGGUGAGCUGACGGCUGCUGAGCUUGAUAACCUCAUGGUGAUCGUUGCAAACCCUCGCCAGUUCAAGAUUCCUGACUGGUUUCUGAACAGGAAGAAGGAUUACAAGGAUGGCAAGUAUUCCCAGGUUGUCUCCAAUGCUUUGGACAUGAAGCUCAGAGAUGAUCUUGAGCGUUUGAAGAAGAUCAGGAACCACCGUGGUCUGCGACAUUACUGGGGUCUUCGAGUGCGUGGACAGCACACAAAGACAACUGGCCGCCGUGGGAAGACUGUUGGUGUCUCAAAGAAGCGCUGAGUUUGUUUCUUUCUUUUGGGGAUGUCAUGUUUUUGUUGCGAAUUCUAUUUUGCCCUUUUUUAUGUUUGUAGUUUUUUGGUGGAUUUAUGCAACACUGUCUAGCCGGCUUUCAUACAUACCUCUAUUGAGGCUGUUUGAUCUUGAGAUUUUGCCAUGUUACUGCAUUAAUCAUUUAUAUAGUAGUUGAAGGUCACAAUGACUUAGCCUUCUUAAUUUUA